CUGCUUCAAUGCUAGUGUCUUACCGGCCGCUAGCUCCGCAUGCGUGGAUGAGACCCAAAAAGAGCGUAUUAAUCCGCCGCUGCGGGCUAGUCCCUGAUAAAGUGAUUAACUAAACCUCAAUUUCAACGCUCGAAGCCCAUUCAUUUCCUCCUGAGAGCCAGGAGCAGCCUAAACACACCCCUUGCGUGGAGGCAGUCUGAGCGGGGUAGACGUCGACGCGCCCGUUAAGUAACGAUGGGCAUCAACAAGGACAACCUCCUCAGCGACGAGCACCACGCGUCGCACUUCUCGUGCGCUAUCUGUCAAGACCUGAGCGAGAGCCCCGUGACGUUGGCGUGCAGCCACGUCUUCUGCGAAUUUUGUAUUGGAGAGUAUGUAGCCAGGUGCCUCGACCGGCAGCAGAACGCCCUGUGUCCCACGUGUCGUGCGUCCGAUUGUUCAUCGGCCGCAAAACUCUCGGAGGCGAACCCGCUCGCCUUCCGCUGCUACGCCAAGGUACAGACGCGGUGCCCCCUCCACAAGCAGGGCUGCGCCUGGACGGGGGACCUCGGGAGUCUCCAGGGACACCUCACGAACUCAGACUCGCACCUUCAGAAAGGCAUGUCGCAGGGCGACGUCUACGACGCCCUCAAGCGCGAAGGCGACGAGCGGUACCGGGCAAGGGCUUACGACCAGGCCGCCGAGCUCUACUCGAAGGCGGCCGCCGUGGCGCCGGAGCGGGCCCAGGCCUUCGCGAACCGCGCCGCCUGCCGCCUCAUGGCGCAUAGGUAUGAAGAAUGCGUCCAGGACUGCGACCAGGCGCUGCGGCGGGACCCCGCGCUCGCGAACGCGGCGACGCGGCGCGCGCGAGCCUUGCUCGAGCUGGGCCGCACGGAGGACGCGCAGCGCGGCCUUCGUGACUUCGCGGCGACGAACGGCGGCGGCCAGGCCGUCGGCGACGAGGCGCGCCGCGUCGACAGGGUCGCCACCGCCGUCGCUGAUGGGCGACGAGCAUUCGCCGACGGCGACCUCAUGCAUGCGCGGGCGUCCUUCGCCGGCGCGCUCCGCGACGCCGAGUCGGCGCCGGUCGUUCUAGGCGCCGCGGCGGCGGAGCUCGGCCUCGGCAAGAUCGACCGGUGCCUGCGGCUGUGCCUCCAGGUGCUGCGGCGCGCCGACGCGGCGCGCUGGCGGCCAGCCGCACUCGUCGUGCGCGGGGCCGCCACCUUGCUCAGCGACGAGGGCUCGCAGGCGGUCGAGAUCCUGCGGGAAGCGUUAAGACUCGAUCCGGACGGCGCCGCGCCGAAGGCGACGCUGCGGGCGGCGUUGAGGGUGGUGAAGAGGCGCAAAGAAGCGCGGGACCUCGCGACGAAGCGGUCGUUCGCCGACGCAGCGGCCGCUUAUGAUAGGCUGCUCGCGGACGAUCUGGCAGGUGCCGGGGCCGCAUUGGACGGCUUCCCCGCGCUCGCCGUGCUGGCCGCGCGGUCGCCACUGUACGCUCGCUGCCGCGCCGAGCGCGGGACGUGCCGACUGCGCACGGGCGACGCCGACGCCGCGCUCAAGGACUGCGCGGCGGCGUUGUACGUCGUCGACGAUCUGGUGGACGCGCACUUGUGCCGGGCGAAUGCGCUUCGCGCUCUCGGUCGCCACGCAGAGGCGCGAAAACAUCUGAAGGACAUCAUCGACGAGAGCUGGGGCGGGUCGGAUGUUAGAGUGAAGCAUGCCUUCGAGCAGGCCGAUUUCGACCUGCGGCGGACGAAGCGCCCCGACUACUACGCUCUCUUAAACUGCCGCCAGGUGUCGUCGGAGCGCGAGAUCAAGGGCGCCUACCAUGCGCAGUCGCUCCUACACCACCCGGACCGGCACGCGACGGCUCCCCCAGAAGUCCAGAAAGCCGAGGCCGAGGUCUUCAAGCGGCUCGGCGAAGCACUGGACAUCCUCGGCGACCCCCAGAAGCGCGAACUCUACGACAAGGGCUUCGACAAAGAAGCUAUCCACGCCAAGUUGGAGGCCGCGAAGCGCGCUUCCCAGAACCACUCGUGCAGCGGCGGCGGCGGCUGCGGCGGCUGCGGCUGAUUGCUCGUCCCUUUUUUGCAUAAUUCUUUCUGUCCAGUUGA